AUGAUUGAUCCAGACAGUGAAGGUGAACUAUUGCCUUAUAAGGUCAUGUGUGACAUGACUGACAAAAACGGAGUUGGCGUGACUGUCAUAAGUCACGACAGCGAAAUCAGAACACAGGUGAAAGGAUGUGAAGAUGCAGGCUGUUACUCGCGCAACAUUAACUAUACAGGAGCGAGCCUCUUUCAGCUUAAAAGUCUGACUGCUGUUUCCCUUCACUGCGAGCAGUUCGUUAAGUACGAGUGCUAUCACUCUAGGAUGAGCUGGUACGCCUGGUGGGUGUCACGUGACUCGAUGAAGAUGACCUACUGGGGAAAUGCAAAACCACGUGGUAAUGGAUUAACGUGCACUUGCGGGGUGAACAAGACAUGUACCAAAGCACGGUAUCAAUGCAACUGUGAUGCGAAUGAUCUACAAUGGCGUGAAGACAGUGGUUUCCUCUCUGAUAAGACCGAUCUGCCAGUCAAGCAGCUAAGGUUUGGCGAUACACGUCAAAAUUACGAGCGUGGCUACCAUACCUUAGGAAAACUGAAGUGCUAUGGAACUGCUUAACUGUAAAGAUACGCUCGUAAAGCAGUUUUAUCCUGUCAGGCUCAUAAACCGUGGAAAGUUAGAGAAAAUUUUAUCUUCAAUUUAGCUGACGUUAAGGUUGACUAUGGGUUCCUAAAAACCCGGCGUUGACGUUAUUAAGAAGACGCUGUGAUCCUUAAGAAAUGCUCCUUCAUUUCUAUGUUCAUCUAGUGUAGGGGUAUUUUUGUAUUCUUUAGUUGUUGUCAUUUUAACAUCUAAGUGAAUGAGAAAAAGUGCGAAAAAUAUUCUUAUAACGACAUUUGUACAACCUAUGAAGUAUCUUUAGGGAUGCUUUUACUGUGAUGCAGGCAACAUUAGCAUUGUUCUUCUAAUGAUAUAAUCAAAUGUAGCAAAUGCAGUGGUGCAUCUUUUUUUAGGAGGUAGAAGUACUGUCAUGUAAGUUCUACUGAGGUUUCAAUAGAGUUUGAUAGGAGUUAAUUGCAAGAUUUGUAUAAAUCGAUUGUUCGUAAUAGGGGUGCAUUUAGGUAACGUGUAAUAAGUAUUUAUUUGUAUUGUGCCUCACAUGGACUCUGCCUCUCUUAAGGUCCUUAAAAAUUAAUUGUCAAAAACACCUUGAUUUAGAGUCUCUCCCAAAUAUUAAUACAAAUCUUUUUAAAGAUUCUUUCAUGAGUGUAUCUGCCCUCUUAAAUGUAAACAGACAUUACUCGCUACAAAGAACACGUAGAAAAUUAAUGCUAUACAUAGUUUUGUAUUGAGCAGAUUUAUUCCUGACAUCUUGAAAUCAUAGGAAAGCUACCGAAUGCACUACUUUUUAGCCUCCAAAUUGAGGGCGAAAAGAGUAUUUCUUCUACUUACUUAUAAAAGACGUGAAAUUAGUGAUAACAGCUAUCUUUAGAUGCUGUUUAAUUGCUUCAAUUAGCAUUAAGUCACAAGUACAACAAGUAAUGCAUCUAUUUUAAGGUACUUUGCGAUGUUUGCACUAAUCUUAUUGUGCUGCCAGACAUUUUGCUCAAGAAUGAGCUGUUUGGCUUCUUACAAGAAUGGUACUACAACGUUCCUUUUUAUCCUUUGUAUUUUAUUCCGAAUCGGACCGGCAUCGGUAUCUGCUUGUAAUGGCGAGUGUACAUUCGUCUACAUUCGCAAAACUAUCUAAAACGUUCGCCCAAAAUCACAUAGGAAGGGCAACUUUGACCGUUAAGCUGCGCCUCUAUCAAUAUUGCAUUGACUGGCCUCCCUUUUUGAUCGCGCAUUUUUGUUCAAAAUAUUGCAUCACGAGUAGACUUUAGCACGAUUUUCCACCCCAUGUUACUAAUUAGUUUAGUUGUGUGAUCUAACGGCUUCUCAAUAAUAAUAACUUGUAAAUGCUCUCCUUUUUACCAGCAGGAGUUCAAAGUGAUUAAGUAAACUCUGAAAAGUUAUCCUUUGUCGCAAAUAAAAUAUAUUAAAGUUCACACGGCAACCAGGUGGACAAUCAGAUAUGGUUUGAUGCUACUCUGGUUUACAGAUUUAGUGAAUGUAACCGAAGAAGUUACAACUCAUAGACCCAUUAACUAUGAAUUGUAACUUCUUCGGUUACAUUCAUUAAAUCUGUAAACCAGAGUAGCAUCAAGCCAUGUCUGAGUUGUCCUUUGUGUUUGAAACUUGCGUUUAUUGGUGUCUCGACAGGCGGUCUAGUCUCAAACGCUGUAUUCGAUACCCGUUUGAGCCAUUUACGACUAAUUGAAAACGAGAGUGCCUCCAAAAAUAUUUCAGAAACUGCGUUUAAAAAAGAAAAAUUACUUAUUGGUUUUUUUUCUUGUGGUUCCAUAAAAGUGAGAAGGCAAAUAUCUGAGGAAAAACUCAAACCAAAUGGCUUAAAUCGACUUUACGAACAUCUGAGCAUCAAAUUGAUACCAGUUGAUUAAAACAUAUCAUCUCAAAAUAAUUUUUAAUCAAGUACUUUUAAGUACGAAGUAUAUGAAUACUUUUUGAAGUAUUUUUGUCGCAUUCUUGUAGAGUGACUUAUCCGUUUGAAAAAGAAGAUCGAAAUUAAGGUCUUAUUCUUUAACAGGUGACGAAUACCGCGUUAUCGUGUUCGAGGAACCGAUACCAAAUAAGGCUAUAAGGGAUCAUGUGGUCAGUAGUGAGGAGGUACCUUAUGAAAGGGAUUGCCGUAUGAUGUGUUAUUUGGGGCCUAAUUGUGUCUCCACCAAUGUAAGACCUUCAAAUGGAAGAAAAUACAAAUGUGAAUUAAAUAACGCCACAGCUGAGGAAAACCAACUCAUCUUUCUUAAAGAAAGGGAUUCUUACUAUUUGGCGAUUGAGGUAAAUUCUUUAUGCCAAUGGGUUAUUUUGACGACAUAGGAAUUUUAGAGCAUGCAUGGAACCAUCCACUCCUUCGAUGACGAGAAAUUAUGAAGUGCAGUAACUUUUGGUUGAAAUGGUUUAAAAGUAAGAAAGAAGUGAAGCUGAUUAGGUAUUUGAUCGAAUCGUUUUUUUCCUUUUCAAUGCAUCGAUCAGUUCGAGGCUUCAACGUUUCCCAAGUAACCUCCAAGGGCAUUUGACCUUUUCAUGUUUGGUUUGUUCAAGUACCCGCCUCGUCAACUCGUCGUGCUUCACCGUAUUUUUGCUUCCAAUCAUUUAAAAGUUUGAAUCCCAUUCAAAUCACUUCAACGCUAUCUUUUUUUUCCACAGAAUCCUUGUGCUAACAAUCCUUGUUUGAAUAACGGAAUUUGUCAAGUAGGUUUUACCAGUAAAGGGUAUCGAUGUGUAUGUGUUCCCGGAUCUGCUGGGGCAAAUUGUGCUGGUAUUGUAAAAUUUUAUUUUCAGUCAAGCUUUCCCUGUUCCUGAAUGUUUAAGAAACACAUCUAACUAACAAAGUAAAAAAAAAAGAAAAAAAGAAAAAAAAACUGUUAAUCGAUACAAAAAAGCUCCUUAAAGUCCUCAACAGUUUUUACUACGAAUAAUAACGUUCAAUCCUCCUCAAUCAUUUAAAAUUUAAAUCAAAAAUUGUUAGUGUCAACGUGAACUUGCGAUAUUUGUAACGGGGUGAAAUUAAAGAUAAAAACUGUACCUUUCAUAACAAAAGCACCUUCAUUUUGAGGUUCAAGUCAGGUCUGCUGAGCUUUAUUAGCAACGCACCACUACCGCAGCUUACCCGCGCACGAACGGUUCCUGGAUGAAAUUCUAUUGCUUCUCCAAUAAUCUCCAAAGAAUUUGUUCUCCUGAAAGCCUAGGUCUUCUAACAGAAGAGGGAAAUUGUGGGUUCUUUCCGUGUGGUUUUAAAUUACAGAUUUUCAUAAAGCCAGAAAAUCAAUGAAUUUUAUUUUAAAUUGGUUCUUCAAAUUAUUAUAAGAAAAUUGAAAACGUUUUGAUCGAAUGCAUAGCAUUGUAUAUAGUUCUUCGUAAGUCAAAAGGAUAACACCACAUUUGCAGUGUUGAACUUUUUCUAAUACAUCAUACUUACAUACGACAUCAACUGUUAUGGCGAAGUAAUAUCGAUUCUUGGAAAGAAAUGUUCGAUAAAUUAAUGUCAGCCACAUUCAGGCAAAAAAUCUAAUAACAGGAGUCUGAUUUUCAAUAACACUUCGCAUUUUUCUCUGCACAGUGUUAUCAAAAUCAUGCAGCGAUUUAAAGAGGUUCGAUCUCAAAGCGAUAAGUGGAAACUUUUUGAUUGAUCCUGAUGAUGAAGGAGGAUUGACUCCUUACCAUGUCACCUGUGACAUGAGUGACAAAGACGGAGUGGGCGUGACAGUAAUAAGUCACGACAGCGAGAACAGGACAUUGGUGGACGAAUGUGAGGAUCCGGGCUGUUACUCACGCGACAUUCGUUAUAAGGGAGCGACCUUUUCUCAGCUGGCAAGCGUAAACAGAGUUUUCUUAUUUUGUGAACAGUUCAUAAAGUACGAGUGCCCAGGCUUAAUUUUUCAUGAUAGGCAGAACCAAACUCGCAACUGGUGGGUGUCACGUGAUUCUAUGAAUAUGGCUUAUUUGGGGGGGGAGCAGCGCCUGAUAGUGAUAAGUGUGCAUGCAGGAUGAAGGGCGCGUGUGCAAAAAGAGGUGAUCGUUGUGACUGUGACAAGAAUGACCUUAAAUGGCGUGGGGAAAGUGGUUUGCUCACUGAAAAGAAACAUCUGCUAGUAAAACAGUUGCGGUUUGGUGAUGUCGAUGUUCAUAACAGGUUUCACGAGGUGGGCUACCAUACUUUGUGAAAGUUUAAGUGUUAUGGACUCGCCUGAUUAAAAAAAACAACAACAGUGCUUUUCUACUGGUAUGAAACUAAAAUCGUAGCUCAACUGUUCGAAUCAGCAAAUCAACAUUAAUCCACAUUUCAUUGUUAUAGCAACAUACUGUGAUGGUACGAAGGUCCUCCACGAUAAGGGUUUAUUAUACCUUGAUCAGCCAGGUCAUAAACGAAUACAAGAUGUUUUUUAUCUUUAAGAAAUCAGAGUAUAUUCAUCACUCGAUAGAAUUAUGUAUUCUCUCAUUAAGAAUGAAAAUAUUUGACAAGGCUGUUCACCAUCGCUUAAGGCUUAAACAGGUGCUUGUGAAGCAUGUUGCUAUUUAUGAUACUUAAUUAGUACAGAUGUAAAGUUAAUGUCCUUUUCCCACUAUUUUCUAAGGGUGAUUCGCUGCAGCUUAGAGAAAUUUCAGGUGAUAAACAAUAAACAAAUUAUUAUACAUAUUUCUUGAAUAAGCGCCCACGCUCAAAAAAGCGCCCUCCUCCGAAUAAGCGCCCGCCCCUCAAACAUUGUCAAACAUGUGCCUCUCUUAAAUAAACGCCCCCCCCCUCCUUCCUCACUUUCUCAGGCAGCAGGCUUACUACAAACACCUGUUUGUAUUGCCUCUUUAUUUUUAACUUUUCAAGCUUUUUAAACUAUAGCGGAAUCAGUACUGCGAUAGAAGAUUGUUCCAGCAUUUUUCGUUAAAGCCACUUCCGUUUCUUCUAUUGUGAUUGCAGAAUUCCUUUAUAUGCGUUAUCUGUUCUUAAAUUUUUUUCCUUUUGACUGCGCUAAGUUGAUAGGCGCCCCUCUCAAUAAGGCGCUCUCCUUCCAAUUAGCGUUCACCCUUUCAGUCGAAAUUUCGACUUUCUUGUUCUGACUCGAAAAAAAAAAAAAAGAAAAUGUUUUACAGGUAGAAUCUCUUUUGUGGCUGUUCCGCACGUUCUCGCCUAUCGCGUUCUAUGUAGGUUGAAACGAAAUUUCCGAAACAUAAUAGCUUUUGGGAAAAACUUCGUUUUGAAAAACGAGGAAAUAUUGCAUCAAGGAUGCAUAAAUUGAAACUUCCGUAAAACAAAUUAAUAUGACUCAGUAGGCGGGUUUAAUUCAUAAACUUCAAUUCAAAAAUUAAAAUUCGCAAAUAAAUGUUAUUGGAAUUGGUGUAUUCUUUAGUCUUUCGAGGAAUAUUACCUAAUAUCCUUGAAUUAAAUGAAUUGAAUGUUGACUUUAUCGAGGACUCCGGUUGUCACUCUAGUGGUUUAAAAAGCAUUCCAUAUCAAUAAAUAAUCACUCCACCUGCUGCAUUUUAAGUUCAUCCGGUCUGAAGCGAUAACUACUAAGUAUGAACUAGGUGGUAGCUGCAAUGUUUUGAACUGUUUUACCAGCGCCCUCAAGUGUUAGCACAAGAAUGAACUCCUCGGAUUAUUUCAAGAGGGGAGCGAGAACUUUUCCUGUUAUCCUUGGUAUUUUGCUCGGAAUCAGAUUAGCAUCGGUUUUUGCUUGCAAUGGUAAGUAUCAUUCGUUUGAUAGUUAUGAAUUAAAAACUACCGUUCUACAGAUCUUUUUUAAGAGGAUUUUAGAAGAUGUUAAAUAGCGUGGGAAAAGCACCUGCUCGUGAAGUUUUGGGAAUUAUCCACAUGGAUAUUUUCAAACUUCCUUUUUUAGAGAAUGUCGUAAAUAACGUGUUGUAUAAAAAAGACUUGGGCGAAGGAAACGAGAGUUCAAGACAUCAAUUAAUCGCACAAAAAACUGGCAAAUGGGGUGAAAAAUGCAAAUGAAGUCGUAGAGUUUCACUGGACACUCUUUUUAGUCUUUAUUAUAAUCAAACCGUAUUUUAUCAACUCAGUACAUGUUCACAACCUUAACGGUGGCUUUUAAUGAUUCCUCGAGUACUCCUUAUCCUGCACAAGGAGCAACGCUAAGUUAUUGGGGAAAUUUGGGUGAGAAUAAACUGCAUUAUGAAAUUUUUAUUGGGUUCUACACCAGGUGACGAAUGCCGCAUUAUCAUCUUCGAGGAAUCGUUACCAAAUAAGGCAAUCAACGGUCACAUUAUCAGGAGCCAAGAGGUAACUAAUGAGGGGAGCUGCCGGAUGAUGUGUUAUAUGGAGCCUAACUGUGUCUCCGUGAAUUUAAGACCCGUAUACGGAGGAAAAUACAGAUGUGAGUUGAAUAAUGCCACAGUUGAUGAAAGUAAACUGACCUUCCUUGAGGAAAUGGGUGCUUACUACCUGGCUAUUGAGGUAAUGUUUAAUGAUUGAAUAAUAGAAGAGGGUAGAUUAAGUUGCCCCUUAUAUAUAGAAAGAGCUGCAAUUAGAAUACGUUUCUGGUUUUUGAUAAUUAGAGAAAACAAAAACUAAAAUAAAAACAACGCGAUUCGAGGCGGGUCAAGGAAGCUUGAGGCAGAUAGAUCAUUUAGUUGAUCUUUGUCUUUCCUCUAGACUAUUGCAGGAGGAUGAAAGAGAAGAAAACUUAAGAUAGCGGUUUCGAAGUAGGCCAAUAAAUUAUAACAGCCAUGCACGGACCAAGUUUUUCAUAAAAGAAUUUGCAUCUCAUUAGUACAGACAGGUUUCGCGGAAACUGUUCUGUCUUUGUACCAUAAAUAAAAUCUGAAGGGAUUUGUUUAGAGCUUGUUUCCUUUGCUUUUAUUCACCUCAUGUUUAUAUUUAGUUCUUACAAUUUAGAUUUUCGCUAUUUCAACAGAAUCCUUGUAGUAGCAGCCCAUGUUUGAAUAACGGAACUUGUCAAGUUGGUUUCGCUAGCAAAGGGUUUCGAUGUGUUUGUGUUCCCGGAUAUGCUGGAGCAAACUGCAAUGGUAUAGUGAAAUUCUAUUAUGAUCCUAUUCUAUUGGCUUAAAUCCUGCACGAGUUGAUAUUAAUUUGACUUCAGAAUAUCAGAUCUCACAUUUCGUUCUCUGGGGCGCAUUUUAUUGGUCGCGAGGUUCAAAUUGUUCCCUCUGCCAUAAUUUCUUUUCCGAACCGAACUGGCUCUCAAUGAAUUAUAAUUCAAAUUGGUUUUUUUAAUUAUUUCAGUAAGAUUUGGGAUUUUUAGACGGAAUAAAGAGCUGCAAUUAUAACUUCGUAAGUCAAAAGGAUACACAACAACGUCGUGCACCUUUCCUGAUACCCUCUACUCAUCACAUGUACCAUCAAAUGUUAUGGUAUCGAUUCUUGGAAUGGAUUGUUCGGACAUACGAAACAACAACGACAACGUAUUCAACUGAAAAAAAGCAAAAAGAUCCAAUGGUAACAUUUUUAUUUUUGGUCAUCAAUGUUCCUACUUUUCUCUACACAGUGUUAUCAAAAUCUUGCAGUGACUUAAAGAGGCUCGAUCCCAAGGCGAAAAGUGGAAUCUCUUUGAUUGAUCCAGAUGGUGAUGGAGCAUUACCACCUUACCACGUCACCUGUGACAUGAGUGAUAAGGAAGGAGUUGGUGUGACAGUCAUAGGUCACGACAGCGAAGAUAGGACACUGGUGGACGGAUGUGAGCCUGUGGGAUGUUACUCACGUGAUGUUAAUUACACUAGAGUGACCUUUCCUCAGCUAGCAAGCCUUUCCAGAGUUUCUUUGUUUUGUGAGCAGUUCAUAAAGUACGAGUGUCGAGGUUCACUUUUUCAGAGUGAAAACGACCGAAAGUACGCCUGGUGGGUGUCACGUGAUUCUAUGGAUAUGAAUUACUGGGGCGGAGCAGCACCUGAUAGUGAUAAGUGCGCAUGCGGGAUAAACGGCACGUGUGCAAAAAGGGGUGGUCGUUGUAACUGUGACAAGAAUGACCAUAAAUGGCGUGAGGACAGUGGUCUCCUCAAUGAGAAGACACAUCUGCCAGUUAAACAGCUGAGGUUUGGUGAUACAGGAGCUAACUCCGAGCAAGGCUACCAUACCUUGGGAAAGUUCAAAUGUUACGGAAUCGCCUGAUCUGACAGAAAAAAAAAAAGAAACGAAAGAAAGUAUUAAGCUUGGCAAUUUCGUAUGACAUACCUGUAUACUGUGAUCCUAAACAAAUAUCUGAUAUGUCUAUCGACCUUUUCAUUACUUACUUUUACAAUUAGUUUGAAGGCCCACAAUGGUAAAAUAAUACUUGAUACGGUAAAAAAGUACCACAUUCUACCCUUUUUUUCAAUGAGGUGUAAAAAUUUCAUUUACAGACGAGUGAAGAACUUAUUUAUGCAUGGUGAAUAUGAAGUACUUUGUAAGUUUUAUCAAGGACGCAAAUUUUUAUGUUUAACCUAAUAACACUACAUUCCUGAUCUACAAGUCUUUGGAUCAUAGCAAUAUUAAUGAUGUCAUAGUUGAACUUUGGGUAAUAGCCUCAUAGCAAGUCAAUAUGUACGAACGAAACACAGUUUUGCAUGGUGUGAAUUUCUUUCACACAGAAAAAUUCUUCAGAACUGUUCAUACCUCCUGUGUACAUUGUAGAUAACAGGGUUAUGGUAUUAUUAACUGAGUUGUAACUUGAAUUCAUGGGCCACCGUAAAGAGUUUGAAAGCUGACAUUUCGAGCGUUAGCCCCUCGUCUUUCGACGACUUUCAAAAGGGAACCUUUUCAUCUCUUGUAGAUACAUGCUCAAGUAGGACUGGGCAUUCACACUUAUGCAGUGUAUGAGUCGUGUCAAAUUAAUUCACCGCUGAAAAAUAAUUUCAUGGAAAUCAUAUUUCUAUGUAGGGUUUGGUGAUAGCAACUGAUUUAUUUCAAUAAAGCAGAAACCAUAAACAGCCUUUACGAUGAUAAGUAAUAUGUACCUUCAUCAUCAAAAAAUCUUUAUUCUAUGACUAAUGCUCUGCUUCUCAUCUUUCCAAAAGACCACAGGAAAUGGCUACUUUAUGGAUUUUCACGUUUGAAAUCCAUGUUUGACAGGCGUUUCCCUAUAAAUCGUGAGACCAAAACUACCAGUAAGACUAAUGAUAAAAUAAGGGAAUACCGUAAAUCCUUAGAAAUCACGCCGUCUAUGAACGCUGUAAAUGUGUGCAAAAUUGUCAAUGUUGAAGAUUGCGGCACUUAUUCUAGGACUAUAGGCGAGAAAAGGAAUAAUGAAUAUUUCAAGUAAGGUACAGCUCGGUAAUCCAAACCAUCCUUUGACGUUUGUAUAAAAUGGGAAGACAUUGGAAUGAGACAUGUUUCAGCUUUUGUUAAUAUUUGUGAAGGAUUUACCGUAAUUAGAGCCACGCUUACUUAAAAAAUAUGGGUCUAUUAUUUUUUUUUGGUAUAUAAUUAAGCUUUGGCGGAAACUUAACCGAUUGAAAUGACAGUAAUACUUCUCUAACAUUUUAUAGGUAAUCUUAUUUCCUGAGAAUUUUUAUAUAAAAUGAGAUAAAUCAUGAUUACAUUGCUAGUGAGAGUUCCAUAUUCAAUAAGGUUAACUACCCUAACUUUAAACAUUUAUCUUAUCUUACAGUUUACAGCCUCUUUGCAUUGUUGUAUCUUAUCAUGACUGAAGCCUUAAAGUAGUCCUCCAGGGCAUUGUCUUGUUGAUCAUUAAACGCAUUCUUCAGAAGGCCGAAGACUCUCCCAGCAGAUGCUGAACUUGGCUGGAUGACCAACAACUUACUACACCUGCCCAAUGUGGAAGUAUGUCACUAUGGGCUGCCGACCAUGCAAGCUUUUCUUCUUCAUUUGCCAUGACAACACCAUCAGCUGCAUCACUUUCACACUUUCAAGCUCACUCAAGAGUUGCUCUCUUUCUUUUUCCAAUUCCGCUGGAAUGAUUUCACGGAGGCUAGCGCUGUAGGUUAAUCUAUGGCUAUAUUUCUCGAGCAGAGGGGGUAGAAUAUCUACUUUUGAUAGUGGUAUACCUCCAGAAAUAACACACUUGACUAUUUUAAAUCGGAACAAACGGAAUUCCACAGGCAAUAUCGAUCCACUGGGGUGUUCACGUACGUCUUGCCUUUUAACACAGUUCAUGAUUGACUGGCUUUGUUUCUUGUCUUUCGCGAUGCGAGCAUCUCCGUUUGUAUGCUUGCUUGACUUUACAUGCUCGUCGAUUGAGCUUUUCUUCAAUGAAAGGGUCUCACUGUAAGCAUUACAACGUAAAUUUCCACUCACCACUGCGAAAUGCUGUUUUGGAUAGUCUUUCACGCGACCCCAAGCGCAUGUUGUGUUUCCUUUCCCUGAGGACGAGGUCGAGCUACCGCUUCCUCGUUGUUUGUAUUUGUCUUCGUUGACGUGAAUUUUGCGUUUUCUAGAAAUUGAAGCUCUUGGAGGACUGCUAGGAGUUGCCCCACCGAUGCCUUUUCCGAUGCCCCUAUUGUUUAUUAGAGCAGUAAAAGAUACAUGUGCCAUCAACACUUUCGAAAAAUUGCUUAACAUUUUAUUUAGCGAAGUAUACUGUUGAUAUUUCGGCUUUACAACACUAUUGUUUUCCGCAACUAUAACUGAUAUGUUGCUAUAUGAGGUAUUAAAUUUGCUUCUCCGCUGACCACUCGUAUUUUGGUCUUUUCUUAAUCCCCCACUCGUCGCCCGCGAUGUAGUAACUCCCUAUUGUUGGAGUCAAUAACCACUGGAUGUAAGCGCCCGUUAGAUAGAUAGCUGCUGUCCAGUUCGUGGGCGCACAUGUUAUUUUAUGAAUUAUUUGUAAGAAAGUACGACAUCCUUUGUUUUGACUUUUUUAAUAAAAAACUUUUUAAUAAAGACCUUUUUGAUUGUUUGGUCAGUUUCUAAUUCUUUGUUGACUCAAAAGUUGCCAAGGAAGGCAAAAGUUGCUGCAGGUUGCUCGCAGUACAAAAAGUUAUUGAAAACGCUAAAAGUUGCUCAAAAGUUGCCGAGCACAAUCUAUUUAUGCCUAUUGGUAAGGCCUAGGAAUCGUAUCUUUAGGAAUGAUUCAAUAAUUAAUAUUAGACCCCUGCACGCACUUUAAACCCUUGAAAAUUUUCAACCGCUCUCUCCAUUAGCACCUCAACAAACUAGACAGCGAAGCCGAUAAAAAUGUCGAUUGCUUUUGUGUCGAAAUAUUGCGUUGAGUGGCUAAAAGCGUCUACCGUCUCUAUCAUCACCUUCUUUCUCAUUAGCAUAACAAGUGGAGACAGUGCUGAUUCCAAAUGUGUACCCUUUGGACCACAAAAAAUUGCCAAAUAUCCUUUGUAACUUAACUCCGCCGAUUCAUGUCAUGCUAAGAGACAGUUUUGGUGACUGCCUGAGCUACUUAUAAAUUGAGCUACUUAUAAAUUGAGCCACUUAUAAAUUGUGCACUUAUGCAGGAAUGGCACUAAGUUCAUUAAACGAGCUUAUGAGUUUUCAAUCUCUCAAAAGCCUCAUUCGCUAAUAACUUUAAAAAGUUUACAUAGCUUUUUGAGCAAUUUUUCUUUGGCGUUGAUGUUGUUAAAUAUAUGUCUUUCAAUUUAUAUAUAGGCAGUGCCGUUGGUUUUCGAAUAACUGAAGCGGUUGCACCUAUAUGACUUUUAGAUUUUGUAAAAAGACUCGAGUGGUACCCUAAUCACAGUACAUUUAAAGUCAUUUCUAUAUGUUUAGGGAGGAGGACACGUAAUUUAGAAACUUUUUGAAGAGUUCUUAACUAUAUACUAAAACAUUGACUUGAGAAGCAGCUUGUUAGCUUUUAUAGCUACAACACGGUGUCAUUGUUUAAACUGACUGUAAUUUUGAUAAUGUUAAGGCUGACUUUUGUCAAAGCUGAGUAAAAAGUUUACCAAACAAACUAUAAGAAUCGAAUCGAGGGUGGGGUUGUGGGGAUAUUAAUAUUGCCAUUAUUUGAACCAGUUGACGCAUAUCUUGGGGGCCACAGGGUUAACAAGCUUUGAUACUCAUCCCUGAGGGUUCUAAAUGUUAUUUUUCUGAUACUUCUUCAACUUUUUUUAUAUUUGCGUUUUGUCCUCUGGUGUAAAAAUUCUACUUCUACGAGAAGUACACUUUACCUCAGUUAUUACUCUGACUAUGAAUCUCAUCUAAACAUUAUAUGAGAAGACUCUCGAUCAAGAUGAGAUCGAAAAAAUAUUACCUUCAUUAUCAACUCUCGUUUUGAUAUAUCGAACAGACCUAGUUAUUUUAAUUUCAGUUGAAUUCCUGAUCACUUCAGGUAAUUUUAGAUCUAUCGAUCUGAUGACAGGGAAGCUCGAAUGCUAAUAAACUCCAAUGGCAACAAUUGAAUAAAACCACUGAAAGCAAUCUUAAGAGGAAAUGCUUUGGGGAUGAAAUUCAAAAUUUUGACAGAAAGUGGAAACUGAAAAGCCUCUGUGUUAUUAUCAAGAAAUGCAAAUAAGAUAAGCAUAAUUUUUGAUAAUAACAUGUCAUUUUGGCUUUGACUUUGAACAAAUAUUAUGCCUGCUGGACUACAGUCGGAUCCCGCGUCAUCUUAUUUUGGGAUUUUCAAAGUGUCCUCGCGAGAGAGCUGCCUCUAAAUAAUAUUUUGCUAUUUUAGAUGAGCACUAAAGGAAUAAUAACAAUAAAAAGUCAGAAGGGAACCACAUCAGCCGAGUGAAUAUAAGAAGCAAGUUUCUGAAGAAACUGUGGUGCUGCGUCGGUGGGGGGUGGGGGGUAUUAUAGGAUAGCUAGAGUCUCUAAAGCUGACAUUCCAGGCGUUAGCCCUUCGUAAAAGCGAAUAAAUUGCUCAGGCUGACUCGUAUUGGAAAUGAGAAACUUGAAAAUUGUGGAAAAAAUUUGUUGAAGUACACGCUUCGUGAAGACAAUUGUGUCAAGACAAUGCCACAAUACAAUUGGUCAACAUGGCAAAGAAGAGAGUGCAUAGUUUCAUCGAUUUUACAGGCAAUUUCCUUGAAAAUUUAAAGGCGUUAACUUCCCCUAGAUAUGAAAACACUGCCAUCGUGGUUCCUUUGAAGUUAUUCCUGUUAUGCGUAGACUUGUUAGAGAAGAAUUAAGUGCAUUGCAUAGUUAUGGUAAUGACUGUUUGAUAAAUAAUACCUUUUUCAAAUCGUUUGGAAAGUUUUUUUUCUUUUCAAUAGCUUGCUUGCAAGAUAUUGAAUCAGUCAUUUUGGUGUCAUAUCAUCGUCCAAUAUGGCAUAACAUAAUGAAUGGAGUUUAAAAGUUGUCAUGACAAUAGAAGGAAUGCAAUCAUUAUGCUAUUGUCUUCGGUUUCAAAAACAAUGUUCAGAGUUGCCGGAAACUAUUUUUAAUCAUACCUUAUAUAGAUUGGAGAAUAUGAGUUAUAAAUAUAAAUGCCUUUGGAAAAACCAAGGUCUUUUUUAAAAGGACUUGUCCAUCGGACAUGAAGACUGUCAUAUAUGUUUAUUGACUUAACAGUUAUUGCGUGCACAACGUUAUAAUUGUUUUUCAAAAAUUUCCAGCCUUGAGAAAAGAUAAAUUCUCUCUGUUUUCUGUGAUUGUGAUAUUGAAGAAUUUUCAUUUCGAUCUACACUUUUUACCGGGAACUCUGGUCGGAAUACUGAUAAGUUUUUUGAAGACCAGUACAGCAUCUUCAAAUUAACAUUUCGUCUCGAAAGCAUCUAUUUCACCUGCUCUUUCGGUUUAAAGUAAAGACAAAUGAAUUAGCAUAAGCUGUGAGAGCUGCAGUGUACUGCCAAAGGUGCAAUUUGACCCCUCCGGCCGUAAACCAGUAUCUAUAAGGAUGAAUUAUUCGACAUAUUUCAAGAUUACAGCCACAAAUUUCUCUUUUACCCUUUCUAUUUUGUUCGGAAUCAGAUUGACAUCGGUUUUCGCUUGUUCUGGUGAGUUUGAAUCUAAAUGUCGCAAUAAAUUCGCAAUAAAUUGCUACAAUCGGUAUUUUCCUGACUUUCAUUGUUAAAUAAUCUAAACCUUGUUCAACUAAAAAACUGGAAAAAUAUCACCGCCAAGUUUUUUAACACUACAAUUCUUGAUGGUUGGCGACGGGUUUUUAAUUGCGUGAACCUCUCGGUUGUUUUUAGCCGAAGACAUUGUCGGUCAAAAUUUGCUUCCCGUUGUCUCUAAACCAGGAUGCAAACUUCAGGACAAAGUUAUUGGGCAACCUUGUUAGAACAGUCUCAACAGAGCAUGCUUUAGUGAAUUAGUCUAUUAUUGCUUUGAAGGUCAAUUUAGAAUAUUUCGAAUUAAGACUGCAGAAAGCGGAGAGGUGCACCACAGUGCCCCAACUGCUGACAACCACUAAAAUUAAUCCACAAAAUUCAACAGAUGGGUGUAGAAAACGUGUUGUUUAAAAUUGUUUAAUCCUGCAAAGACUUAGCAAAAAAGAUUUAUGAAAACCCAAAAGUUCUAAGGUAGACGAGAAAAUGAAGGUAUCGCGUGGAAUUAUUUAAAAAUUUGUCUCCAUUCGGUUGGUAGAAUCCUCUUCAGUGCUACGACUUUCUUUCAAGUAGAACCUUUAGAUCAGGAAAAAAGAACUUUCUAUUUUUAGCACUGACAAGUUGUCAACGAAAUUAUAUAUGCCUGCUUAGCCGGUGAAAGGUUAGUUAAGCUGAUUGUGAAUUAGUUUUCAUACUACAUUAAAAUUAAGGUUGUGACAUUCGAUUUGAUAGUAGAUUUAAAAAUGAAAAUCACAAUGGUAUAAUGACAAAAUUCUUAGCAUUCUACUAUCAAUGUUAACGUGCACUUGUAUGAUUAACAGGCGACGAGUGCCGCAUCAUUAUGUUCGAGGAGCUGAAACCACAGAGGGUAAUAAAGGGGCACGUGAUUAGAAGUGAAGAGGUAGUUAAUGAGGGGUUCUGCAGGACGAUGUGUUAUAUGGAGCCUAAUUGUGUCUCCAUCAAUGUGAAACCUUUACAAGGAGGAAAAUACAAAUGCGAAUUGAAUAACGCCACAGCUGAUGAAAGCCAACUGGUUUUCCUUGAGCCGGAAACUUUUAAUGCUUACUACUUGGCUGUUGAGGUCAGUAAACUUUUCAUAGUUCCAUAUAUAGGCUUUUCACGCCUCAAUAGUAUCUUUAAUUCCAAUCAAUUUGAUGCUUUCGUUUAAAAAGCAAGGACGAAACAACUAAUUAAAUGCUGGAGGAUAGCUCAGAAUGGAUAGAGACUCAACUGAAAAAUAUGCAGCACUGAACAAUGAAGCAUAAAAAGAGCAUAAAGCAUCCGAAUGCUGGCAAACUGAGCAAUGUCAUAAACUGUUGUCCACGGUUGAUUUCCUUUCUUCAUCUUUCGUUUCAAUUUUUCCUCUGUUAUGCCGUCGUUGACUUAAUUUUUGACGGUGUUUUACGCAGUAUAUGUUCAGCUUUCGCGGUCCUUGUAGUAAAAGUUGUGUCAUGUCUUUAAAAUUAUCCUUCAGUUACUAUCUCUUUCGUUUUCAGCAGAAUCCAUGCAGUAGCAGCCCUUGUUUAAAUAGAGGAACUUGUCAAGUUGGUUUCACUAGCAAAGGCUUCCGCUGCCUCUGUGUUCCUGGGUAUGCCGGAGCAAAUUGCAGUGGUACUGUAAAAUCUUCUUAGAGAUAGAGUUGUCUUGAAUUAACUAACACACCUUACUUCCCCUAAAGAUACUGUCAGUAAUCUAAAGGAACCGUAAGGUUCAACCACUUACUUCUCCCAAACUUUUAAAUCCAAUGAAGUUUUGAAUUUAUUUUAUUCGUCUGAUUAAGGCAAAACGGAAGGGAUUUUGUUUAAGAGAUUGUUGGCUUUAAAAGUUUUCUUUACACUCUAAUGGAUGGAAAAGAUAGUUUUUACUUAUCAAAACAACAUUGCUGCAAUUCAUCGUGAGGUUCCCUUCAGCAAGUCUUUCAAAACAUUUAAUUAAACAUUUGUCUCUCUUUAUCACCACAGUGCCACCAAAAUCCUGCAGCCAUUUAAAAAAGCUCCAUCGUGAAGCAAAAAGUGAACCAUACAUGAUUGAUCCAGACAGUGAAGGUGAACUACUGCCUUAUAAGGUCAUGUGUGACAUGACUGACAAAAACGGAGUUGGCGUGACUGUCAUAAGUCACGACAGCGAAAUCAGAACAUUGGUGAAAGGAUGCGAAAAUGCAGGCUGUUACUCGCGCAACAUUAACUAUACAGGAGCGAGCCUCUUUCAGCUUAAAAGUCUGACUGCUGUUUCCCUUCACUGCGAGCAGUUCGUUAAGUACGAGUGCUAUCACUCUAGGAUGUGGUGGUACGCCUGGUGGGUGUCACGUGACUCGAUGAAGAUGACCUACUGGGGAAAUGCAACACCACGUGGUAAUGGAUUAACGUGCACUUGCGGGGUGAACAAGACAUGUACCAAAGCAUGGUAUCAUUGCAACUGUGAUGCGAAUGAUCUACAAUGGCGUGAAGACAGUGGUUUCCUCUCUGAUAAGACCGAUCUGCCAGUCAAGCAGCUAAGGUUUGGAGAUACGGGUCAAAACAACGAGCAUGGCUACCAUACCUUGGGAAAGCUGAAGUGCUAUGGAACUGCCUAA